AUGUCCUCGGCAACUUCUGCCACUUCUUUGCCCAGUGGCCUGGCUGUCCUGACAACUUUCCCAGACGUGCUCUUCAUUCCUGAAAUCGUCUUUGGGGGCCUUGUCUGGAUCCUGGACAUGGUGGCAUCCUCAAAGGUCCCAUCAUGCAUCUUGCAAGGCUGGGUGAUGUUUGUCUCUGUGUUCUGCUUCGUCAUGUCCACCACCCUCCUGUGCCUCUACAUCUGUGGGGUGCAUGGAGGCAGCAGCUCCUGGGUCACCUUGGAUGUCAUCUGCCAGGAGAUAGCAGCUCUAUUCUACCUCAGUGCUGCUGUGUUGGAAGCCUACUUCAACUAUAACAUCAGCUUGUUGCCUACCAACCCUCUGAUAAUGACCAUCUACCAGGAGAACAUUGCUGCUGUGGUAUUUGCAUUCUUAGCUACCCUGAUGUAUGUGAUCCAUAAGGUGUACUCGCUCCUGCAAUGGAAAUCAUCCUAA